AUGAGGGUCGUGAGGUCAUCGAAAGCUACCCCAGCCCGUUACGAUAGUAUAUUACAGCUUGAGCGCAGUGCUAGACCUCUAUCUCUGUACUUUGCAUUUUUUGCAUGUUGGGCACCAACAGCUUGUGCGAAAAUAUCGCUAGUAGUUAGUCCACUUGCGGUAAAUAUAUCACAGACACUAUCCACCACUUCCUGUCAAAACCUAGAGCCAUGCCUUGGUUGGAAACCAGCAACCUAUACAGAAUAUGUGACUUCGUCCCGCCAACUAUUCUACAUCUAUAUUAUGACCUUUGCCAUCCAAUUCGAAUCUGCAGGUGUCUACCAUGUCGGCACACCCGCCGAACAAAUGCUGGUUUCAUUCGAAGAACUCCUCGCCUUCCACGCGGGCAUUAUAGGUCUCCUGGAAUAUGGCCACGGAUGGCGAGUCACAAAGACAGUCAUCCGACGGUUUCUAGCACAUCUUCGCUGGCAAGCGAUGGACAGUCCGUACUCAAUAUGUAUCGACAGUUCUGGCCCAGUAUACUAUAUUAUUACCAACGGAGAGGAUGCAAUCCGGAUUACAGAACAGGAGCUGGGCUCAUCACUGUUCGGACGCGCACUUAAGAACCAGUGGGAUCGGGCAAUGGCGGAGCCAGGGCAGUUAAAAGCUAUAGUCUCAAUCUUCGAGGCAUUUGUGUACGGGCUGUGGAAAAACUUGACAUAUUAUAUGCGGUGGAGGAAGGUUGCGGCGUCGUGA